CCCCCUUUGACUUUAGUCAUUCCACAUUUAAGUCUCAAGCAAAACGCAUUCAAAAUUCUAAGUUUUAGCAUUCGGAUAAAAUAAGUGAUUUUACAGAUCGUGAUAGAUAUAUAAUCAAUCGAAUUCAAAAUGCAAAUGCUUGGGGCUCUAGUCAAUCUGCUGCUUAUCUUGGCCUGCAUCUAUGCAAUGUAUUCACUGAAGCCGGAAGAUCAUCCAUAUGGCUAUAUGAUGGUCUCGUUUAGCCUCGUCCAUGGACUGCUGACACUGGUGCUAUACUAUAACGAGGAUACAGAGGACGAACCAGUCGAAUGUGGACGCUGUUUUCAAAUCUCAAAUAGCAUACUGGAGGUAAUCCCACUACCGAUGGCGAAUAUCGAGUUCUAUCUAUUAUCGGAUGAAUCGGAAGUGGCGCAGGUGCACGGUCUAUCUCUGAUACCACUGUUCUACGACAUAAUUGGCAAGGUGGUGGACGACUGGAACACUUCUACGGAAACGCUAAAGGAUAUAGCCCUACUGUUCAACAUUGCCUCCACCAUGUAUCUGACCAUCAAGGAUGGUAACCAUAUCUAUGGAGCAGUGGCUGCCACAGCCUUGAUGGCUAGAUUCGGUACCAGUCUAGUCGAUCGAUUUGCCGAGGGCUAUGGCACCUAUUUGGCCACACUGGGACAUGCUGGUAUCGUGGCCUUAAUGACCUACGCACUCACUGAGGCUUAAUUGCUUAGACUUUAAAUUGAUUUUCGAGGAAUAAAAACUUAAAUCAACUCUAUAAAUCAUUUGGUGUUUAACGUCAGAAUAGAAAUCUACUUUAUAAAUCGAUAAGUUUCACACAUAAAUCGAUAACUCGAGGAUAAGUUAUUAAAGAAUCAUAAUUUUAAGGGCAUUUAAACUUCGUCUUUCUACAGCAAAGGCCUCAG